AUGGGUCAGCUCCCGGCAUUGCGUGUUACGCCAUCCCGCCCUUUUCUAAAUAGCGGAGUUGACUACACAGGUCCCAUCACCAUAAAAACUUGGCGAGGACGGGCAGCAAAGACCUACAAGGGAUACCUAGUAAUCUUUGUCUGUUUCUUUUCCUCCGCAGUACACAUUGAGAUAGUCACAGACUAUACCACUGAAGCCUUUAUCUCCGCCUAUAAGAGAUUUAGUGCCAGGCGUGGCAUUUGUGCAACACUACACAGUGACUGUGGCACCAAUCUGGUUGGAGCAGAUCGUGAACUACGUCGAAGAUUCGACUCUGCCUCCAAAGAACUAACAGAAUUAGCUUCAUUGCUUGCAAAUCACGGCACACAAUGGCUGUUUAACCCCCCGGCCGUCCCUCAUUUCGGAGGCAAAUGGGAAGCCGCAGUUAAGUCUACGAAAUUCCACCUUCGCCGUGUAGUCGGCGACACAAUAUUAACAUACGAAGAAUUAUCAACUCUCAUGGCCGAAAUUGAAGCUGUUUUAAAUUCUAGACCUCUUUGUCCAAUGUCGGAGGACAUUAAUGAUUACACAGCUCUAACUCCUAGUCAUUUUAUUUUAGGGGAUACGCCUCUAAUUGUUCCGGAGCCAAGUCUGUUCGAUAAGCCAAGUUCGCGCUUAACUCGAUGGCAGCUCAUCCGUCAAAGAGUCGAGCAAUUUUGGAAGCGAUGGACGUCGGAGUGCAUACAUUGCUAUCAAGCCAUAUCAAAGUGGCAUCACCCAUCCACGCAGUUAAAGGAGGGUUCUAUGGUUCUACUCACGGAUGAAAGAUACCCCCCAGCGAAGUGGCCAUUGGCACGAGUCUUGCAGUUACAUCCGGGCAAGGAUGGGUUGACCAGAGUUGUCACUGUACGAACUGCCACUACUACCUACAAACGACCGAUCACUAAGGUUUGCGUAUUACCUAUUGAUCAAGACCAGCAGACAUUCGGGACGACAUUCGACCGUAUUCAUAAUCCCUCCUCGACUUUAGGAUUCCUAACGACUUUAGGCUGCUUCAGCUAA